UCACACCACUUCGUCUUGGUGCUGGAGCCGCGUCCGCUGCUGGGAUGCUACUUGGCCUCGGUAGCAUAUCGGCCGCCCAGCCAUCCCGUUGAUCACCUCCUCUAGGUGCUGUAUCGCUUGGACGCUCUGUCCUUGAUGCCAUUGCGCUAGACAGGCUUGUAGGCACUCGAACAACAAGACGAACGUGAAUCCCAGCUCCGAAGAGCCCUGAAACGACACACAGACAGGCAGAGGGCGACUUCAGCGCACAGAUCUCACGAGAAUGUGAAUGGGGGUGCUCACCUUUUGUGUUGUUGUUGAAAUGGCGAUGCGAUGAUGCUAGAAGGUGCAGGGGGAGAAGACUGCGUGUGUGUUCUCACCGCCUCCCUGAUCAGCAAAGUCGCCAU